CUCUCGCUGUCCUUCUCCAGUGGCGGCGGCGGCGGCGGCGACAACAACAGGCGGUUCCCCUUCAUCAUCAUCAGCGGCGGCGUGCGGGUGAAGAAGCCCCUUCCUUCCUUCCUUCCUUCCCCGCCUGGCUGGCUGGCUGGCUGCUGCUUGGCUGUCUCCGUGUGGCUCCGGCGGGAGGAGCCCGUGAGCGGCGAGGGCGGACUCCUCCGCGCGACGGCGGUGGCAGAGCCGGGCGGAGCCGUCUGGGGAGAGCGCGUCUCCCCUCGGCUCCCGCCGCGCCCCGUGGAUGGACGAGCAGCGGAGCCUCCUGCGCUCGCCGGCCGCCCCGUCCUCUGGCAGGCAGCCCCGGGGCGGCGGGAACGGCGUCGUCGGGGCCAGCAGCCACCACAACCUGGGCUACAGUGAGCAGCCCUUCCCCGAGGGCGCCCUCCAGCAGGAAGGGCAGGAGGAGGGGGAAGAGGAAGAAGAGGAGGAAGAGGAAGCGGCAGAGGAGCUGGAGGGGGGCAUGACGGUGGUGGGGGGAGAGGACCCCCUCCUGGACGACACCCAGCACCCCCAGGCCCUGCUGGGAGGCGAGCGCUACGAGCACCCGGGGGUCCACGCCCUGCCCCCCGCCGGCCACCACCUCAUGUUGGGCAGCGGAGGAGGAGGUGAGCACGAAUGCUGCGAGCGGGUGGUCAUCAACAUCUCCGGCCUGCGCUUCGAGACCCAGCUCAAGACGCUAGCCCAGUUCCCCGAGACCCUCCUGGGCGACCCCCGCAAGAGGAUGCGCUACUUCGACCCCCUGCGCAACGAGUACUUCUUCGACCGCAACCGGCCCAGCUUCGAUGCCAUCCUCUACUACUACCAGUCCGGCGGCCGCAUCCGGCGACCGGUGAACGUGCCUAUCGACAUCUUCUCUGAAGAGAUCCGCUUUUACCAGUUGGGUGAGGAGGCCAUGGAGAAAUUUCGGGAAGAUGAGGGCUUCAUCCGUGAGGAGCAGCGGCCUCUGCCCGAGAAGGAGUUCCAGCGCCAGGUGUGGCUUCUCUUUGAGUAUCCGGAAAGUUCUGGACCGGCGCGGGGCAUCGCCAUUGUCUCGGUCUUAGUGAUCCUCAUCUCCAUUGUCAUUUUCUGCCUGGAGACCUUGCCCGAGUUCAGAGAUGACCGUGACUAUGAUACCAUUGCAGGGACGUUUGGAACGGGCGUGGGCCCCUUCGUGGCAGACGUUUUCACGAAUUCUUCUUCCCCUGCAACCUCCAUAGUGUCCUCUUUCACUGAUCCCUUUUUCGUGGUGGAGACGCUGUGCAUUAUCUGGUUCUCCUUUGAGCUGCUUGUCCGCUUCUUUGCCUGUCCCAGCAAGCCCACCUUCUCCAAGAACAUUAUGAACAUCAUUGACAUUGUGGCCAUUAUACCUUAUUUCAUCACUUUGGGGACUGAGCUGGCCGAGCGGCAAGGGAAUGGCCAGCAAGCCAUGUCCCUUGCCAUCCUCAGAGUCAUCCGGCUAGUUAGAGUCUUCCGUAUAUUCAAGCUCUCUCGGCACUCCAAGGGGCUGCAGAUCUUGGGGCAGACCCUCAAGGCCAGCAUGCGAGAGCUGGGCUUGCUCAUUUUCUUCCUCUUCAUUGGAGUUAUCCUUUUUUCUAGCGCGGUCUACUUUGCGGAGGCUGAUGAUCCUAACUCGAGUUUCAGUAGUAUCCCUGAUGCCUUUUGGUGGGCUGUAGUGACCAUGACUACCGUGGGUUAUGGGGACAUGCACCCGAUCACAAUUGGGGGCAAAAUAGUCGGGUCUCUCUGUGCCAUAGCUGGGGUGCUGACCAUUGCCUUGCCUGUGCCUGUGAUUGUCUCCAACUUCAAUUACUUCUAUCACCGGGAAACAGAAGGUGAAGAACAAGCCCAGUACAUGCAUGUAGGAAGCUGCCAGCAUCUCUCCUCCACCGAGGAGCUGAGAAAAGCUCGCAGCAAUUCCACAAUCAGCAAGUCCGAGUACAUGGUGAUCGAAGAGGGAGGCAUCAGCAACAGUGCAUUCAAACAGGCUGCCUUUAAGACGGGCAACUGCACGGCCGUAAACAAUCCCAACUGUGUGAAUAUUAAAAAGAUCUUCACAGAUGUUUAAGAGACCCUUCAAGGCGAUAUAAAUAUAUAAAUAUAUAUAAACACACACACACACAUAUAUACAAGAGGGUCUGCAUAAUCGUUGUUGUGAGGAACAUGCACCACCAUCCGUCUUUGUGCUCUUGUUUCAUGUGUGUACUUUUCUCGUCCUUCCUUCCGAAGAUGGGGAUUUGGGGAAGGUAAACGAACCAAGCAGAUGUGAAGAAAGGAGACAGAUAAGAGGAUUCAAAGACGUACGUACGUGCGUGCCGCUCCCUCCAGGAACAGGUUUUUGUUCUGCGCUGUUUGAUGCGGGGCUUUGGGGAUUUUUUUGUUGUUGUUGUCAGGGAACGUGCUUUGUUGUCUGAUUUUGCAAAGAACAGUUCCGUUGCUGAUUUUAUGUUCCUUGCCUGGCUGCACUUGUUGGACUGAAAGUUAGGAAGUGACAGCAAAGUGAACGUCACCAUCUUGCCGACAGUGAAGAAAAAAAAUAUACGUGAUGAUUUUAAUGCCACAGCGCAUCUCUGCCAUCCUGUUCUACAAUGAUGCCUAUUGUUGAAACAUCUAAUGUGUGGUAUGUGAGAGUGCAGUCCAGGUUUCUUUAUGUCAAGUUAGAGUCUGUGUGCCAUCUGCCCAGGUCAUUUGUGUAAUCAUUUAGAUGGAACAAGAACAAAAACCUCCAUUGUGGUUUGGGGUAUCUUUGGGCCACAAGACCAAAUAAUUGCUUUCCUGAGCCUGAAAAUUUACCUGCAUGGUAUAGUGGAAGAUCUCUCUCCCCAUAGUACAAUGGACAGUGGAUUGUCCGGAACGUGCCCUGAGUGUUUAGCACUCCGCGUAUCGUGAAUUGCUCCGCUCCUAGUAAAUCUCCAAUGGGCUCUUGGCAGAGACUGCAGCCUCCACUGGAAACCCUAGUAACAAAAGGGAUGUUUCCAUCCAUUGCCAAUGCAUGCAAGAUAAGCGGUUGCAUCUAUCGCAAGAAGAUUAAAGUGGCAAAUGCACCCGCCUUGCAGCGGAAGUUACUAAUUUGGACCUGAGUGAUGCAGUUUCCAUAGCAAUUUGGUUUCCUGGGAAACUCCCAGAGGUUGCCAUGGCAUCCGGUCUCUCCCUCCCCCACUCCUGUGCUGUUUCCAUAGCAACCAUUCCAGAUGGUUCCAACUUCUGUGGUUCCACAGAAAAGCCUCUGCUCCGAUAAAUCACACACUCGCACACUUACAUACGCGCGGCAGUAAUCCCAGAGAGAUUUAACUGUGGAAACUACUGAGUGCUAUUCGGUGUGCAUCAUUUUUGGACGUGCAAUAUUCUCGGUGUCCUGGUGCCAGCCAAAUCACGAAGAUGAGAGAGAAUAUCAGUCGUUCCUCAUGUUUCGAUAGAAAAAAAAACACCUGUUCCACAAAAAACACCAGCAACUUCAGGUUCCUGAAUCUCUUUUACUAUUUGAUACCCCAAUAUUUGAGACUGGGAAUGAAUCCUUACUCAUUGUACCACAUCACCACCUAGGCAAAUCAAAGAUGGCACCAUCCCCAGCUUCCUUCAGGACGAAACCUUUAUUAAUUCAUGGUGCAUGACCUAGUUUUAUGCAACAGGACCAUUCAUUUCAAAGCAUGUGUGGCACUGAAGGAGAAGAAGACCCAAAACGUUUUAAGAGGAUGCCAAUCUAGGGAAAUAAACACCAAUGAGCCGCAAAGUAUGGGGCUGAGAAGAACUUAAACCAUCUGGGAAUAUAUGCUCAUCUUCUGCCAUCUACACACCUGAGGCUGUAGAGUAUCAGGGAAGACACAGAUCAGAACUAAAGCUCAUGCAGCAGAACAAGCCAAAACUCUGGACAAAUAUUGCAGGCCUUGUAGUGGACAGGGGGAGGAGCAAGAAGGCCGAUGUAAGAGAGAGCUCUGAAAUGGGAAAGAACAAGAGAGCAGUGACAUGACUACUUUCAGAUAACAGAAGAUGUCUCAGUAAGUGCAACAGAACUCCAAUCAGCUUCUUAAGUAUUUAUCAAAGGAUCCAUCACAGAGAACAGAAAGAAGUAACUUAUCAUGCUCUGAACUGAAGGACAAUCUGCCCUCUUGUGUCUCGGUAUUUUAACUUGUGGUGGUAAAACAAGUUCUUGCCUUUCUGUCUUUUCUAACAAGUGCAUUAUGUAGAACUGAACGUGUUUGUGUCACCAAGAGAAAAUGAAAUGCAAUAUUGUGAGCAAGAUCCAAACUGGGAAAGUGGGGUUUAACUGUUUGAACAAUGUUCUUGCCUUCAUAAAACCUCUCAUGCAAGCUUCAGUGACUAGAAAUUAAACAUACAUUGAGCUGCUAAUAAACCUACCAAAUGUGUCAACUGUAAAA